AUGACCGAAUCUCCAUCAACGGAGGUUCCUUAUGAACUACAAAAUCUCCACAAGGGGCACCAAUACAUCAAGGACGGCAACUUUUUAUUACCAUGUCAGUCCUCUGUGAAUCCACUCGACCUCCAAGCUGGACAAGAGGUGGUUACUGUGCUCGAAAAACAAAUGGGCAGGCUUGUACUCGAGUGGGACUCCUCCUGGGUGACCAAGUCAGGGUUUGGAGUGCGAUCUGCUGAAGCUGAAGCAAUGAGACUUGUCUCUAAGCAUACCGAUGUUCCGGUCCCCGAAGUGCAUUUGACCGAUUUUAGUCUAGAUGAAGAGGUAACAGAUCGGAGUGGCUUCUUCAAGCCCGAUUUUCAACCACCGGAAGGAAUGAUUGGGAUGACAGUUAUUCCCGGAGUCCCUCUGGCGCAAAAAUGGGACACGCUAGACAACGAGGCUAAAGAGUCAAUCUGUCUUCGACUGUGGGAUCUGAUUUCGAAGGUCCGAAAUAUUGCUCGUCCACAAGAGAUUGACGGAUUGUAUCAGUGUGCCCAGAUGGCUCUCCAUCCCGGGACCCAAUGCUAG